GGGGUCAGAGCGAGGAAUCGUGCCCCAUCAUUGGUGUCAUGGGGGAAGGAAUAGUGUUCCAUCAUUGGUGUCAAUGGGGGGUGGAAUAGUGCCCCAUCAUUGGUGUCAGUGGGGAGGAGGAAUAGUGCCCCAUCGUUGGUGUCAGUGGGGAGGAGGAAUAGUGCCCCAUCAUUGGCGUCAGUGGGGGGAGGAAUAGUGCCCCAUCGUUGGUGUCAGUGGGAGGAAUAAUGCCCCAUCGUUGGUGUCAGUGGGAGG